AUGCACCCGAUUUUUUCCCUAGCUGUCGCCGCCGUCGGCGCGAGUGCCGUCCACGGCAUCGCUGUGCCCUCGACCGCGCCAUCCACCGCCGUAGCGGUCGACAAGGCGUUGCUGAGUCUUUCGCUCGAGUUCUUCACGUUCCCUGCAUACACCAAUAUCACCGCAACGGCGAAGUGCAUCAGCAGACUCACCACACUGCGCGGCGCGCCUCCAGCCGUGCGCAUCGGGGGUACCACGCAAGAUCGCGCGACGUAUGACCCGAAGCUCACAGCCGCGGUCAAUUACACUGUCGCGUCUGCAGCAGACGCGCCGACCGCGCUCACGUAUGGGCCGUCGUUCUUCGCCCUGGCUGCCGCGCUUCCGGGUGACGUUACACUCGGGCUCAACCGCCGGCUGAACAACCAAUCCAACACGCUCGCGGCCGCGAGCACCGCGCAGAGUAUCAUGCAGAACUUAUACGCCAUCGAGCUCGGCAACGAGCCAGAGUUUUACUCCAGCGACUCGCCCAUCGUGCCCUCGUCCGGAUGGAACCCCACCGCCGACGGUGCGAGCCAAAAGGCAUGGGAGACGGCUCUAGCGCCCUCUGUAAGCGCACCCCUCGGGAACGUCUUCCAAGCCGCCGUGUAUCUGCAAGAGCCCACGUGGAGCACGGCCGGGCUCGUCCCGCUGCUCGGGUCGGCCAUCGAGCACGUCAAGACCUUCUCCGGCCACUCGUACCCCCAAUCUGCGUGUGGGGGCGCGAGCACGAACCUGCAAUCGCUCAUGAGCCACUCGGGCAUCGUGUCGUACACGAGUCGAUACAAGUCGGAGGCGGCAGCCGCCCACGCGCAGGGCAAGCCGUACUUCCUGGGCGAGACCAACUCCGCUACGUGCGGCGGAGGCGGAAUCAGCCCCACGUACGGCGCAGCGCUGUGGAUCGUCGACUACGUCCUCCAAGCGGCGCUGAACAACGUCGACCGGCUCUACUUCCACCAAGGCACCAUCGGCAACUGUCAAUACUGCUUCUGGGGCAGAUACAUCGUCGGCGCGCCUUUCUACGGCGCCGCCUUUGUCUCGCAGUUCCUCGGCGCAGACGCCACCGCGCUCGCGAUGCUCGACGACGGCUCCGGCGCGCUCGCCACGUACGUCGUCUACUCCGCCGCCGGCGCGCCCCUGCGCGCGCUCGUGUACAACUCGGACUACUUCGACGGCACCGGCGCGCGCGGCGUCGCGAACGCCACGCUCUCCGGGCUCGCGGGCGCGGCGGUGCGAGUGCUGAGGCUGACGGCGCCCAACGCGGCGUCGCGCGUCGACCAGGGCGGGGUAGUCACCAUCGGCGGGGGGCAGACGUUCGCGAACGACUGCGGGACUGCAGGCGCGCAAACGUUCGAGAGUGUGGCGGUCAGCAACGGGACCGCGACGGUGAGCGUGCAGGCGUCGGAGGCGCUCAUUGUGUACUUGUAA